AUGAAGGGAGCUUCCAAGGUGAUAAUGGGAGCCACGGUGGCGAUGGUCAUCGGCCUAGGCUUCGUGCUCACCCUAGUUCUGAUGCUCCUAGCUGAGCUCUACUGCAACCUCAUUCUCCGCCGCCGCCGGCACCGCCAUCAGCCGGCGGUUUCCUCCCCUGAUACCACCACCAUCUCCACCUCCCCUCCUUCCAACCUCCCGGCGGUGGGUGUCCUCCAGCCUCCGAGAAGCUUCCUCUUCCCCAUCCCCGCAGCCAAAGAAGCCAAGAGGCCGAUCAACAGCCGCCGCAACGACGACGACGAGUCUCGCCACCACCAGCUCCACCACGUCCUCGAGCUCUACGACGGCUCGUCCAACGCCAGCCCGCAGCACAUCGGCCUCCUCCGCACCCCUUCCCCUCCAGAAAUCCCCGCCGCCGCCGUCGUUCACAAGGAAUCCCCUAACAACGCCGCCGAGCAUUUCGUUUACAUCUCCAAUCCCAUCUACGACAACCGCCCUCCCCUCGCCGUCGCCAAGACUAACAGCAACGACGGCGCCGAUUACAGCAGCGGCAGUGACACCCCGUUCGAAACCCCGGACUCGUCGCCUUCGCGGCUGGAGAGCGAUGGCGACGAGGAGAUAACCACCAAGGCCAGCCCUCCGGCGGGCAGCAGCAGUACUCCUCCGCUGCUCCCGGCGGAAGCUACUAUUUCCGGGAGUACUGAUUCCAAUAGUAACAACGGGCUGCUUUCUUCUUCGUCCUCUGUAUGCACUCCUUCAACUUCUCCGUCGUGGUGA